AUGAAAUACAGAUGUACUUUAGAUCGCCAUCUGGAACUGAACAUAAGGCCGGUAGUUGUGAAUCUAACGCUCAACUAUGCAAGACUACUUACUAUUGACUGGUUUGAUGCACGACUUGUAUGGAAUCCCCUUGAAUACGACGAAAUUGGAGGGUUUUUAGCGGAUAUAAAGCUAAUUUGGCGGCCAGAGUUUAGUCCAUAUGACAGCCUUUCCAUUCUUGACAUAAUGGAGUCUGCCACGCACUGCGCUUACGUGCACAGGAACGGCAGCAUAAAAUUCGCCGUGGCUAAUGACAUAUCAUUCUUUUGUCCAUUGAAUCUCAAGAAGUUUCCGUUCGAUGAGCAAGUGUGCAGCUUAGUCUUGGCGUCCUAUGGUCUUAAAUAUCGCGAAAUAGAGAUCAACGGUGUUAUAUCUUGUGGAUUCGAUAUAUCUUAUGCCCGCACCACUGAACCAUUCAUUCGAUCUAAAGACAACGGUAUUAAAGUCAAGGCUAGUACUUCUCUCAUAGCAUUCAAACAAGCUCGGAAACAUGCCUAA